GCGCCAUGGGGCUGCUGGAGCGGCUGCGGAAGGAGUGGUUCAUCUUCGGCAUCGUGCUGGUCAUCGCUGUGGCGCGGCUGGAGCCCGGCGUCGGCGUCAAAGGCGGACCCCUGAAACCAGAAAUUACCAUAACUUACAUUGCUGUUUCAGCUAUAUUCUUUAACAGUGGACUCUCCUUAAAAACUGAGGAGCUGACAAGUGCUUUGAUGCAUGUGAAACUACACCUUUUUGUCCAGAUUUUUACACUUGUGUUCUUCCCAACAGCAAUAUGGGUCUUUCUUCAGCUGUUAUCAAUCACACCUAUAAAUGAAUGGCUUUUAAAAGGCUUGCAGACAGUGGGCUGUAUGCCACCUCCUGUGUCUUCUGCUGUAAUUUUAACCAAAGCUGUUGGUGGGAAUGAGGCAGCUGCAAUAUUUAAUUCUGCUUUUGGAAGUUUUUUGGGCAUUGUUAUAACUCCACUUCUGCUUUUGCUUUUUCUUGGAUCAUCCUCCUCUGUGCCUUUUACAUCCAUAUUCUCGCAGCUGUUUAUGACUGUUGUAGUCCCUCUUAUUAUUGGACAGAUUGUCCGAAGAUACAUCAAGGACUGGCUUGAAAGGAAGAAGCCUCCAUUUGGUGCUAUCAGCAGCUGUGUGCUCCUGAUGAUCAUCUACACAACGUUCUGUGAUACUUUUGCCAAUCCAAAUAUUGACCUGGAUAAAUUUAGCUUGAUUAUAAUUGUGUUCAUAAUAUUUUCUAUUCAGAUGAGCUUCAUGUUUUUGACUUUCCUCUUCUCCACAAGGAAUAACUCUACUUUCACACCAGCAGACACAGUGGCUAUCGUUUUCUGUUCCACACACAAAUCCCUCACCCUGGGGAUUCCCAUGCUGAAGAUAGUAUUUGCAGGUUAUGAAUACCUGUCCUUAAUUUCCGUCCCUUUGCUCAUCUAUCAUCCUGCUCAGAUCCUUCUUGGCAGCCUGUUGGUACCAACAAUAAAAUCCUGGAUGGUUUCUAGGCAAAAGGCACAGAAAUUAACCAGGCAGCCCAAAGCACCCGUGAAGGUAUAAUGGUGGAGAUGGCCUGUGUCACAGUGAAUGUAUAUAUGUACUAUACUGUACACACGGACAAUUGACACAGCUGGGUUUUGUGAAUGUUGCUUUAGUGCGUAUUUUAUUUUUUUAUAUAUAUCUAUCUAUAUAUAUAUAUAUAUAUAUUAAAAGAUACCUGUUAAGUGCCUUACAGAUGCAUUUUGGCAAAAGCAUUGUUUUCAGAAGCCACUUUGUUGGUUGCUGCAAGAGGUUGUACAGUAUUUUGGAGUCCAUUAGUUUAUUUUUCUAACUGAGUGAAUGGUCACGACUGACAGCUGGUUCUUCCAUUGCCCCUGCUUUGAAGCCAGGGUGCACCAGCAGCAAGUCUCUGUUUUAAACUAGCCAAAAUGACCAGGAGCCUAUCCCACUCUGGCUUACCUGCUCUUCUCUUGGGGAACAGCUUUCUGAAGGUUUUUUUCUGAGAUUGACUUGAAUUUCUGUGUGACUCUGUUACACUCCCUCGUCAUAUGACUGUGACAUGCCUUUUUCUUCUGAGUUUGUGUAUACUCAGCAUGGGGCCAUCCAAUGGAUAGAAACUGAAAAGCAUGAAUUAUUUGCAUUUGUUGACACAGUUGUCUAGACAUUCCUUCAAAGUUAAUGGUAUCUCAAGAAAAUUCUUUCAAUUCUAUUGUAUGAUAUUGUGCCAUUGUAUAUCUUAAAUGCCUCAUAAGCUUCUUCAAAGAAAUGGUCUGGUGCUUGGGGUAUGAGUGAAGUAUUUGUGUUUGCAGCUAGGAGAUCUUUUUAUCAUUUACCCCUGAAGAACAUUAAUUUUUGGUUUUCUUUUUUUCUUCACCUUCCCCCUGUGCAAUGCACAGCAACCUGCACAGAGAAUUUAGGAUGCUGAAAUAGAGCCUUUAUUGUAAUAAGCCAAGCUAUGUUUUCUCUAUUACUGCAUUGGUAAUGAAGAUUAGCUUAUGAGGACAAGAAAGUUGACAAUUUUUUUUUUUUUUUGCAAAUUAAAAGGAUCCUUAUAGUAACAGAAACGCUAUCUUAGCUCAUUUGACAAUCAAUCACAACUUCUAAAAAAACAAUAUUACUCUUUCUAAUAAACUUAGGUGAAAAAAGAAUACAAAAUACUAUUUCUAGGCAUUGAAGAGAAAGGAAUGCAGGCAUAUAUUUAAACAUGCAGCCAGCACUACAUCUUGUCUGGGAGAUGCAGAUUUCAGAAACCUGCUCUAGUCCAGACUUGGGGCUGUGCCCCUCUGCAAAAACUGUGCUGGCAAUUGUGCAUUAAAAUAUUGAGUAAGGAAAGGAAUAGGUCAAUGUGGUAUCAAUAUAAAUGCAGAGCUUCCAUGUGUGUCAUGGUGAACAUUGCAGCUAAAGGUGUGGCUGAGUGCAAACACCUUGCAGCAAGUCUGUAGCAAAUGUAGGUGAUAAGAGCUCUGAUAAGGCUGUAAGCCUUUACACAAGCUGAAGAUCUAUGUGACAAUAGGCAUGUGAAAUUCAUAUCCUUUUGCCUUACUGAAAAACAAAAAAUGUGCUUGGUUUACCUAGUCUGUUACUUCCAGUCCUGUGAACAGCAGGAAAAAAGUAAUCUGGUACCAAUCCUUGGUGCUUUAUGUGAUGGCCACUCCCUGUUGCCAUCUGUGUGAGAAAUUGCAGGGAGCUGACAGCAUCACCCUGCUCACAACUGGCACACCAGUAAAAGGACCAUGUGACAAAGGUAUGGGAGGUGGCACAUGCCACCUUCUUUCCUUCCGUAGAGGGGGGAUCAAGCUCUCCCUGCUGAGUAGGCAAGAGGGCCGAAGGACACUGGCCAUGUCCCUCUGCCCCUUCCCACUGGGCAGUGAGCUCACAAUUUGAUCAGUGCAUCCCCAGGCAGCACAGGCAGAUCCACAAACAGGCCUGCUAGGAAAUGGAGAGUUCCUGGGCCAAAUUCAAGGUUCCACUUCCUUAAGCAUUCUAAGUGGUAACUGGUUCCAUAUGGGGAAAAUUCCUCUGGGUUUAAAACCCUGCUUGUAACAGGGGACAGCAUCCAGACUCAGGACAGUUUCUUUAUGUUCUACUUCCAUAAACCUGAAUUUCCAGAGAAUAUAAAGACUUAGUCCCAAUCCCACUGAAAUUAAUGACUCUUUCUGUUUUCAAUGGUGAGACAACAGCCCAGAGGCAGUGUUCCCUUUUCAAAAUACAUAGCAGGGGUUCAAGCAGACAAUAGCUGACUGUGGUUGUGUCAAUGCUAAAUAAUCAGAACACUGCAAGUACCCUUACUGAGCUACCUCUGUGUACUGAAUCUCUGCCUUUCAGUACUUCCAACAACCUGCUUAGAUUCCAUUGAACACAUCCUUUGUUUUUGGGGGUUUUUUUUCAACAUUUAAGACUAUUCCAAAUCGGUUUACAAUGUAGUUUUGUUAGUCUCUUUACAAAGUCCUUGUUGAUUGCUUUGGGGCAGCUUAAAUAUUGUGUAUGGGUGUUGGAGGUGUUGGUCUAAAGGGAAUAUCAAGCUAAACUGAAAUACAUAUUUUGAAUUCAUACUUAAUGAAACUGAAUUGUGCACAUCAAUUCUGUUAAGACUGUUAAGAUUUUUUUUUAUGACUUGCUAUAUGUCUUUAAUAAACAGAGUGGUUUUGAAUUCAA